AUGGCUUCUUCGGAAGCUGAUUCCCGUUUGAAUCAAGUACUCAUCCCCGCCCUCGACAAGAUCAUCAAGAAUGGCUCAUGGCGCAAACACUCCAAGCUCGUCCACCAAGCAAAAUCGGUUCUUGAAAGAUUAAACUCGCCGGAAAAGCCACAGACUCCGAUUUCGCCGGACCAAUCGGAACUCGACACCUCAUCACUUCCCGGCGUACUCGGACCCUCCGACAUCUCUCUUGCUGACUCUGAAUUCAUCCUCACCCCUUUCAUCAACGCCUGCUCCUCUAACAACCUCAAGAUCGCCGAACCCGCCCUCGAUGCCAUCCAAAAGCUAAUCGCCCACGGCUAUCUCCACGGCGAAGCUGAUCCCACUGGUGGCCCCGAGGCCCAAUUCCUCUCCAAAUUGAUCGAAUCUGUGUGUAAAUGCCAAGAAUUGAAUGAUGAAGCCGUUGAAUUGUUACUCCUCAAGACGAUUUUAUCCGCGGUAACCUCCGUUUCUUUACGGAUUCACGGAGAUUGUUUACUGCAAAUUGUGAGGACUGGCUAUGAUAUUUAUCUAGCCAGUAAAAACGUGGUGAAUCAGACCACAGCGAAGGCGUCGUUGAUCCAAAUGUUGGUAAUUGUUUUUCGGAGAAUGGAGGCUGAUUCCUCUACUGUGCCAGUACAGCCGAUAGUGGUGGCGGAGCUAAUGGAGCCAACUGAGAAGGCUGAAGUGGACGGUAACAUGACUGUGUUUGUUCAGGGGUUCAUUUCCAAGAUUAUUCAGGAUAUUGAUGGAGUUAUUAACCCGAGUACACCGCGAAAAGGGUUGGAACAUGAUGGGGCUUUUGAGACAAUGACGAGAAGUGGGACUGUGGAGAGUACAAAUCCGGCGGAUUUAUUGGAUUCAACGGAUAAAGAUAUGUUGGACGCAAAGUACUGGGAGAUCAGUAUGUAUAAGACGGCGUUGGAGGGUAGAAAAGGGGAAUUGGCAGACGGGGAGAUGGAGAGGGAUGAGGAUUUGGAGGUUCAGAUUGGGAAUAAGUUAAGAAGGGAUGCUUUUUUGGUGUUUCGGGCGCUGUGCAAAUUGUCGAUGAAGACACCUCCCAAAGAGGCGUUGGCUGAUCCUCAACUGAUGAGGGGAAAGAUUGUGGCUUUAGAAUUGCUCAAGAUUUUGUUGGAGAAUGCCGGGGCAGUCUUUAGGACAAGCGAGAGGGAAUAUAAAAGGGAAGCUGGAUUUGAGAUGGCGAAUGCUGUUGGAAAAGUCCUUAGUGAAGCUAAUUAG